CAGCACUGCUAGGCGUACGACCUUCGCAAAAGCCCUAAGCAGGCUCUGACUUUAUUGCCCUUCGCCGAACCCGCCUGUCGUCCUUUAACAUCCGUCGCCUUAUUAUGACUUCCAAAGACAUCGGUCUUUCUGGGUUCUGGGUGACCCCAACGCAUGGCGCCACCGUAUUGGAAAUUACCGGCAAGAAAAGCAUCGUUUCCGGGGCCCCAACACUCAGUGAUAUCACCAUAUUUGAAGAUGUCGACGUGGAUAUCACGGCACAGGGGUAA